UGCAGGCAGCUGCGCUUUCCAGCCCUGGCUAAGCUGGUGGGAGAUGGACAGCCAACCCGGCCACGAUGGGGGCACCGAGGGCGAAGGCGUAGCUGGGGAAGGCCUGGCCUCGCAGCCGUCUGACAACAGGGCCAGCUCUGACCCCCAGAUCCCAACCGAACCGGCAGAGCCCGAGUCGGGGCCGGGGCCAGAGCCAGAGCCAGAGAUGGCAAUGGACGGCGGGAAGGUAGAGACUUCUGAGCGAGGUGCCGCCGCUGAUGAGCAAGCAGAGACCCUGGAAAGGCCGGACGUCACCGCGGGUGAUGAAGAGCUCAGAGAACAGGAGAGUUCGGCCGAGUCACCAGAACCUGAGGAGCCUGCCAAGGCCGGGGCUGAGGAGCCAGCUGAGCCCGAGGUCCCGGAGGACAAGGCGAAGACCACGAAGGGGAAGGAGAUACGGUUCAGAUCCGUUCUGCCGCUAGGCACCUCCGCCGAGGGCCCGAGAACGAAGCAGGAGGACGAGGAGGAGGUGGAGAGCGAGGGCAGUGAGGAGGAAGGUGCGGAUCGGAGCAAGGAGGAACGGCGGUCGUCACCUCAGGGCAUGAGUGAGGACGACUAUGAGUGGUCUGAGGAGAUCCGGAAGGUGCAGGAGCAGCAGCUGCGCGGCGAGCUCGUGGACCAGUACCACGCCCUGCUGCUGGAACGGAACCGAUACCAGCGCUACAACGUGUACCUGCAGCACAAGAUCAGCGAAGCGCUGCGCAAGAAGGGCCUGGAAGCAGGUGAGGUGCAGGACAAGAACGCGGAGCCCGAAGCCCCUGAAAAAGAGCAAGCAUACUUGGGCUAUCUGGCCAUGUUGGAGGAGCUGAAGAAGCAAGAGGCGGACGACUUGGAGUGGUACCACCGGGAGGUGAGCGAGCUGAAGCAGCAGUGCCAGGAGAAGCAGGCCAGGGUGGAGAAGGAGUGGCGCCGUUUCCAGGCCCUUAAGAAACAGGUGGUGAUGCAGGUCAUGGGCAGCUGCCGCAUGCGUGGUGGGCGCCAGGCUGCUCUGCGAGAGGUGGAGCAGAUCCAGGCGCUGGAGGAUAAAAAGGAGAAAGAGAUGAGCGCUUUGCGGCUAGAGAACGUGCAGCUGAAGCAGAGCUUAGUGCAUUUUGAAACCAGGAUGAAGGCCCAGGAGGACUUGGCUGAAGGUCUGCUCCUCAUCGACUUUGAACAGCUCAAGAUUGAGAACCAGACCUUCAACGAGAAAGUAGAGGAGCGAAAUGAGGAGCUUCUAAAACUACGCAGCAAAGUGACCAGCAAUGUGCAAAUAAUAACCCACGUGAAGGAGAAGCUGCACUUCAUGGACAUGGAGAAUGCAUGCAAAAAGACCCAGGUAUUGGAAAUCGAAGCUCAGGUGGCCCUAGGAAGGGACAUACUUACAAAAACUAAGCAGGCUCGAGACAGCCUGCGGCUUGACAACAUCAAGCUGAAUCAGAAAUGCGGGCUUCUGGGAAAAGAAUCGCUGCUCCGAGACUUGGAAGAAAAGGUGGAGAAGACAAAACUGCUCAACUGUCGUCUGGAGUCACUGAAGCGCCAUCACGCGGGACUUACUUUGUCCUGCAAAGGGAUGAAGCAGAAGAUCAGAGAGGCCAAAGCCUUCCUCCCCUCCAGACACUCUACUCCAGAGGACAAAACCUCACAGACUCAGCAAACUUUGCCCUCCACUUUUCUCCCUGUUUUUUGCAGUUCUUUGAAAGGCCUGUGAUUUUGGGGAUAGAACUUUGAUUUUCAUGUUUUCAGCUUCCAAAUGAGUGCUAAGCCCCAAAUUGGCUUAGCAGUUCUACAUGGAAUAAAGUAAAAUAGAUCUAAAGAAACAAAAGCAGGUGACUAAAUGUAAUUGACUUCUCAAAGUGAUUUUGCAGCUGAGCAAUCCUGUAAUCUUAAGAAAGGGGUGUUCGGAAAUAUUCAUCUUUCUGUACUUGGAAGGAUGGCUCAAGGGUUCAGUGAAUGGGCCAGGAUGCAGAAAAAUUCUUGUGUACUCUUCUGAUUUUUUUCCAUACUCUCAGGAAUUAUUAAAACAGUGCAGUCUUGAA